AUGAGCAAAGAAUUAUUAAAUAUAGCUUUAGAAAUUUUAAUAGAAGUAGAAGGAAAGUCAAAUAUUAAAAGUUCUAAUAAAUUUAAUACGAAAUAUUUUAAUGGAAUACAAAUUGAUAAGUUAACUAAGAUGCCUUUGUAUAUGGCAAUUCAUUUACAAAAUCUUGAUAAAUUGACAAUUAUAUUACCUGCUUAUUAUGAAGAUAGUUUAUUAGAUGAAAUAAUAGAAAAUGAGAAUGAAGUUAUUGAAUUUACAACUCUUCCAUGUGAAUACUUUUUUGAGGUAGCUAAACUACUUAAAGUUGAUAAUCCUAAAAUUGAAAGGAUAGCAACAAUUAGAAAGAAUAAAUUAUUCUUUGGUAUAAGUAAAUUAGAGGGUAAAUCAGUUCAAAUAAAUAAUCUCACUAGAUGGGAGUUUUGUGAAGUAAAAGAAUUUAUACUUGAAAUUAUGAAAAUUGGUUCUAAUAUUAAAGUUACAUCAAAUGAUUAA